AUGACACUGCCUACGUCCCUUGAGCGUCUGUUUGAAAACAAUAAGAAAUGGUGUGAGGGCAAAAAGCUACUCGACCCGGAUUAUUUCGACAAGACAGCGCAAGGCCAACAUCCGCAAUACUUGUGGAUCGGCUGUUCUGACUCUCGUGUGCCUGCUGAGGAGAUCACGGGUCUUGCACCCGGUGAAAUGUUUGUUCAUCGCAACGUGGCAAACCUUGUGGUGAGCAAUGACAUAAGCGCGCUUUCGGUUGUGCAGUACGCUGUAGAACACCUUAAGGUUAAGGACAUCAUUGUGUGUGGCCACUACGGUUGUGGCGGUGUCAAUGCUGCUUUGGAAAAUAAGCAUCUAGGACUUUUAGACAACUGGUUGCGCAAUAUUCGUGACGUCGUCCGGCUUCAUAGUGAUGAAUUGGAGAGAAUUGAAAACCACGAACAACGUUUGCGUCGUACGGUGGAGCUUAACACGAUUGAGCAAUGCAUCAACGUGUUUAAGAUUGGGCUAGUGCAACGCCAUCAAGUCAAGUACGGCUUUCCACGCAUUCACGGCCUUGUGUACGACCUUAAGAACGGCCAGCUGAAUGAGAUGGACAUUGAUUUCCAGUCGUACGUUCAAAAAUAUAAAUCCAUCUACAAGCUCCAUUCCUUCCCGAAAGGAGAUGCUCCAUUGCGUCGAUCCCAGCACCAGGGUAACAUGAUUCGAUCAUUAGUCGAAGGUCACGAAGAGGAGCCAGGCCGCGUGAGCACAAAAUACGUGAAACGUGCUAUGUCCAAUGAACCGAUUCUGUUCAGCGAAACGGAGAUCAACAGUGCCAUUGCCAGAGCACAGGAAGGUGAGACUGACAGCAAGACAGUCAACAUUGAAAAGCUCGUGCGAUACUUCGACCACUAA